AAAGGCCCGCAUUAUUAAAAUUAUAUGUAUUACGGGUCCAAAAAAAUUGUUGUGGCAGUUUGACGCCUGAUAUUUGACUAUUGAUUGGCCCAAUUCUUUGCACCAACUGGACAUGACAAUACAGUUGUUGAGUUUGAUUUGUAAAUUUGGGGGUUGGAUGGGCUUGACGCCCGUUUCGGUGGAACCGACUGGGUUUUCCCCAAAGGGUUAUUCCCUCCUUUGGAUCCUCCUGUUCACUCUAGGAGUCACAAUUUCGGGGGUUUACAGAACAGACUUUUACAAAAAAUUGAGUCCGAUGCGACUGAUUGUCCAGACUUGUUUGGACUUUCUCUUGUUGGCGCUCAACAUAAGCACAAUUCUCACCACAGUACGGAAGCAGCAACAAUGGGCCCAACUUAUCCAAAACUUGAAAGUUGUGGCAACGACUAAAACGAAAGCUUGGUUUUUGCCAUUUGUUGUGACUAACAUUAUUUUUGUGUUAUUUCACACGUACGAAGCUUUUGUAUGGACUCGAAUCAUGGGAGUGGCAUAUUACGAACAAUACGCGGUUGAGUUUUUCCAGUUUUAUGCCCAAUUUAUAGUCUACUUUCUGAUUUAUGCCGUUUUGGAAAUGUUGCUUCAAAAAUACAAAACCGUAACGUACGUCAUGACUGGACAACUCAAAGCCCAAAAUUCCAAUCUCUUGAAGAGCGUUUGCGCCGAUUUGUGCCUCUUAUCCGAAUGUGUUGAUCUCUUCAAUAGUCUUUUCGGCUUUUUGGUUUUACUCCUGGUGGCUUUAACAACGCUCCAGCUUUUGAUUUACAUCCAAGUCAUUGUAAUCGGAACCAAAAACACAAUUGAAACGGUGGCCUACAGUGUGAUCUUUAUUUUAUGGCACAUAGUUGGCACGUUCAGUGGAAUUUUUCUGUGUGACUUAAUACGGCGUGAAAUCGCAAAUGUGCAAGUACUGGCGUACAAAAUUGAGGCCAAAAGACGAGACAAUGAGAUAAAAAUGUUCGUUAAAAUAGUCGAUGCCAGUUGUCGUAAUUUCACAGCGGCGAGGUUUUUUGAACUGAAUCGGCGGACGAUUCUUGGGGUUUCCAACGCUGUUAUCACCUUCCUGAUUGUCAUGGUCCAGUUUGAAAACAUUACAAUUUGAGUGGGAAUAGUUGUAAUGCAUUAUGUUAAUUAGAAAAGUUUUAUCUGUAUUUUUAUCAAACCAUUAAAUAUUUACCUAU